AUGAAAGGUCUUGACUCGGAAAUUACGUCCGUUGUGGAACUUCUCAUCACCAAAUGCGACGUCAAUUUGAAAGGCUUCAAUGGUCUGACUCCUCUACAUUUUGCAGCUAUCAGCGGGCACAGAACACUGGUGGAGUUUCUCGAAGGUGCUGAUGUUAAGGCUAAGAAUGACAAUAUUGGUUGGACUUCGCUGCACUGCGCAGCCGGUAGUGGAGACCUAGAACUAGUCAGACUCUUGAUCCGGCGCGGCGCGGCAGUCGACGUAGCAGACAACCAGGUCGGUUGGACACCCCUACAUAUCGGGGCGAUGAGCGGGCACAAAGAUAUCGUCGAUGUUCUACUCAACGGCUACAACGAACCGACCGAAGACAAUUAUGGUUGGACGCCACGCCAAUUUGCGGAAUUGAACGGGCAUGCGGAGGUAGUUGAGCUCUUAGAUGUCAAAGACAGCAAGGGUACUGACACUGUGUCUGCAAAUGAGGACUUGAUGCCGCUAGAUGUGGGCGAGAGAGAGAGGAGAUCACUCUUGCGUGGUGAUCCAUCGAUAGGCCGAGGCCAAAUUGGUAUAUAUGGUCAGAUCCAUCCAACAUCGCUGCACUGUAAGGCGAUAAACGACGGGCGGGGAAUUGUCGAGAUAUUAUCUGACACUCGCCGUGACUUUUACUUUACCGAUGAGGAUAAAAAUGGGAUACUACAGCAGUUCUCGAACGAGAAGGAGGACGGCGCUGAUAAGCACGCCAAAUCCCUUGUGGGCGAGACACCGCUCCAUCUUGCCGUCAAGUGUGGGCAUAAGACGCUUGCGCGGCUGCUACUUCAGAAGCGCGCUGCUACGGAGGCUAAAGAUGAGAACGGCAUGAUCCCGCUACAUUGGGCCGGUGCUACUGGGGAUGAUGCGGUUGCACAGCUACUACUUCUGAAAGAUGCUGAUAAAGUCGCCCUUGAUAGAAAUGGCAUGACGCCGCUACACUGA